AAGAUUUCUUGUCAUUUCCUAUCUCUUUUCGACAAAUGAAGCAAAAAUUUUGAGAGAUUCCGAGUAAACGUUACGCGAAAAAUUAUCUGAACUGCAUUCCGGCACGCAUGGAAAUUAUUAUGUAGUAAUUUUGCGGACUAAAAACUUUUCCAAAUUGUUAAUAUUUUAAAAGCGGGAGACACAUCUUGAUUUACCCUGCGGUAUUAAAGUACAUGCAAAUCAUCAUGUCAAUAAAUUUCUUCAAAGUCAAGAUCGAACCACUUGCAUAUAUAUGCCCUGUGCGUGAACUGUAAGCCACGGAUGCCAAAUGAGGAAGUUCAAGAUGUUUACUUCUCACAAAGUGAAAAAAAUGCAGAAACUUUCCACAACCAGGAAUAUCCACACUACACUUAUAUUUUAUGUCAACGGAACAGAGAUAGAGGAUAGAAGUGUCAAUCCCGAGUGGACAUUGUUGUACUAUCUGCGAAAUAAGCUACGAUUAUGCGGCACGAAACUGGGCUGUGCCGAAGGUGGUUGCGGUGCCUGUACGGUCAUGGUCUCAAGAUACGACAACUCUGCACAAAAAAUUGUUCAUCUUGCGGUAAAUGCAUGUCUAAUGCCUGUAUGCGCCAUGCAUGGCAUGGCAGUAACUACAGUUGAAGGGAUAGGAAGUGUUAAAACAAGGCUACAUCCUGUUCAAGAACGUCUCGCCAAGGCUCAUGGAUCACAGUGUGGCUUCUGCACACCUGGCAUUAUAAUGUCAAUGUAUGCCUUGUUGCGAUCAAUUCCAAAACCUACUAUGGAAAAUUUAGAGAUAGCAUUUCAAGGCAAUUUGUGUAGAUGCACAGGAUACCGACCGAUCAUAGAAGGCUUCCGGACUUUUACAGAAGAGUGGGAACAAUCCCAAAUUCUAUCAAACAUGCAGAAUAAUGGAAUGCUGAAUAACAAAAAAUCCUGCCAAAUGGGAGAUGCUUGCUGUAAAAAAAGCAAUGCGCUGCCUCAAUGUGCAAGAACUUGUCAAAACAAAGAUGCAUGCUGCAAAACAAAUCCCACCUCUACACCUGAUAAACUGUUUAAUUCGACAGAAUUCACACCUUAUGACCCUUCACAAGAACUUAUAUUCCCGCCAAAGUUGAAGGUAUCGGACGAACUUGAUAAACAGUAUUUGGUAUUUAGAGGAAAGAAUGUAACAUGGUACCGACCAAAUAAACUCGAUGAAUUGUUAGCUUUGAAAAAAAAAUAUCCAACUGCAAAAAUUAUCGUUGGAAAUUCCGAAGUCGGAGUCGAAGUCAAAUUCAAGCAUUGCGUGUAUCCUGUACUGAUACAACCAACGAUGGUGCCUGAAAUGAAGCGAAUAAUAGAAACGAGAAAUAUUUUGAAAGUGGGGGCAAGUGUAACUUUGAUUGAAUUAGAAGAAGCUCUUAAACAUCAAAUAAGCAUAAAACCAACAUUUCAGACGAGGAUAUUUAGUCAAAUAGUAGCUAUGCUGCAUUGGUUUGCUGGAAAACAAAUUCGCAAUGUCGCAGCUGUCGGUGGAAACAUAAUGACUGGAAGCCCAAUAUCUGACUUAAAUCCUAUAUUUAUGGCUGCUAAUGUAACAUUAACGUUGCGCAGUCUGGACCGAGGAGAAAGGGAAAUUCCUAUGGAUCACACGUUUUGGGUUGGCUAUCGUCGCAAUGUUGUUUUACCAGAUGAAAUUUUAGUUUCCAUUGGAAUACCUUUUACAAAACAGUAUCAGUAUUUCGUUGCCUACAAACAAGCAAAACGACGCGACGAUGACAUUGCUAUUGUCAAUUCUGCAAUAAAUGUAUCAUUUAACCCAGGAACAAUUGAUGUUCAAAAUGCUUUCUUAGCAUAUGGAGGCAUGGCACCAACCACUACAUUGGCCCGAAAAACCUGUGAAAUUAUGAUAGGGAAAAAAUGGGAUGAACAACUACUAGACUCAGUGUUCGAUUCGCUCAUAACGGAAUUGCCGUUGCCUGGAAACGUCCCUGGAGGUAUGGUACAAUAUCGUCGUGCACUAACUUUAAGUUUAUUCUUCAAGGCUUUUCUCCAGAUAACGAAGUACCUUAACAUGGACUUAAUUGGAGUAGAAUCGCUACCCAAAGAGCUGAACAACGCUGCUGAUGGUUUUCACUACAAACCUCCAAUGAGCUCGCAGUACUUCCAAGUAGCUUCCAAAACUCAAGAACGCACUGAUUUAGUUGGUAGGCCAAUCAUUCACGCCAGCGCAUUUAAACAAGCUACAGGCGAAGCAAUUUACUGUGACGACAUGCCGAAAUUUGUUGGAGAGUUAUACCUAGCCUUAGUUAUUUCUACACGAGCACAUGCAAAAAUAAUCAAAAUAGAUGCUUCCACAGCUCUAGCUCUUGAAGGCGUUGAAGCAUUUUUCAGUGCAAAAGAUGUACCGGAUGACAGAAGAUGGGUUGGUCCUAUUUUCCACGAUGAGGAAUUGUUCAUAUCGGAAAAGGUAACUAGUCAGGGGCAACUGAUUGGUGCAAUUGUUGCUGUUGAUCAAGCUACAGCGCAAAAAGGUGCACGAAUGGUCCAAAUUGAAUACGAAGAUCUCCAUCCAAUUAUUGUAACAAUUGAGGAUGCUAUCAAGGAGAAGUCGUUCAUCUCAGAUACUCCAAAACGGAUUGUGAAAGGAGAUCCAGCAAAAGUAUUUGCAGAAGUGGACCAUGUCCUAGAGGGAGAAGUUCGAAUGGGUGGACAAGAACAUUUUUAUCUGGAGACACAUGCUUCUAUUGCUGUACCUCACGAAGAGGAUGAGAUCGAAGUUUUUUGUUCAUCACAACAUCCAUCGGAAAUUCAAAAACUUGUAGCGCACGUUCUCCACGUCCCCAUCAAUAGAGUAACUGCUCGUGUUAAACGCAUGGGUGGUGGCUUUGGAGGGAAGGAAUCUCGUGGAAUGUUAGUUGCGUUACCAGUUGCUCUAGCUGCGCACAGGUUGCAAAGGCCGGUACGUUGUAUGCUUGACAGAGAUGAAGAUAUGAUGAUCAGUGGUACUCGACAUCCAUUUUAUUAUAAAUGGAAAAUUGGCUUUAAUAGUGAUGGAUUGAUAAAAGUUGCACAAGUAUACAUUUAUAACAAUGCAGGGUAUUCAGCCGAUUUAUCAUCCUCGAUACUUGAACGUGCACUGUUCCAUUUCGAAAAUGCCUAUAGAAUCCCAUCGGUAGAUCUAUAUGGUUACAUGUGCAAAACUAAUUUACCCUCCAAUACGGCUUUUCGAGGCUUUGGAGGUCCGCAAGGUAUGUUUGUGGCGGAGAACAUGAUACGUCAAGUAGCUGAUUUCCUCAAAAUGGAUACUGUAAAGAUAUCUGAGUUGAAUCUGUACAAAGAAGGAAAUUUGACACACUAUAAUCAACAACUCAAUCACUGCACAAUUGAGCGAUGCUGGCACCAAUGUCUUGAAACUUCUGAUUACACGAAUAGAGCUGCUGCAGUUGAAAAUUAUAACAAACAAAACAGGUAUAAAAAAAGAGGAAUUGCGGUAGUGCCAACGAAAUUCGGGAUUGCCUUUACAACUGCAUUCCUCAAUCAGGGUGGUGCAUUGGUUCAUGUAUACACAGAUGGCUCUGUACUAGUGAGCCACGGUGGUACCGAGAUGGGACAGGGUUUACAUACCAAAAUGAUCCAAGUUGCAAGCAGAGUACUCAAAGUAAAUCCAGAAAAAAUACAUAUAACAGAAACGGCGACUGAUAAAGUACCAAAUACAUCUGCUACUGCAGCCAGUGCAGGAUCUGAUCUCAAUGGAAUGGCUGUCAUGAAUGCAUGCACACAAAUCGUUGACCGAUUAAAACCCAUUAUGAGUGCAAACCCAGGAGGUACUUGGGAAGACUGGAUAAAUAUGGCUUAUAUGCAAAGGAUCAGUCUCUCAGCGACUGGAUUUUAUGCCACUCCGGAUGUUGGAUAUUCUUUUGAAACAAAUUCAGGAAACCCGUUUAAUUACUUCACAUAUGGAACAGCAUGUAGCGAAGUUGAAAUUGAUUGCCUAACGGGAGACCAUCAGGUUUUGCGGACAGAUAUCGUAAUGGAUUUAGGUGAGAGUUUAAAUCCUGCCAUAGAUGUCGGCCAAGUUGAGGGUGGUUUCAUCCAGGGGUAUGGAUUGUUUACUCUGGAAGAGUUGAUCUAUUCACCAGCUGGAAUACUAUACAGUCGUGGCCCUGGAGCCUACAAAAUACCCGGCUUUACAGACAUUCCUGUAGAAUUCAAUGUUUCUCUUCUAAAAGGGGCACCAAAUCCCAGGGCGGUUUAUUCUUCAAAGGCUGUUGGUGAACCCCCGUUGUUCCUUGCUUCCUCAGUUUUCUUUGCUAUUAAAAAUGCAAUAGAAAGUGCACGCCGAGAUGCUAAUGUUACAGGUUACUUUAGACUUGACUCUCCAGCUACUGCGGCUCGUAUCCGUACAGCAUGUGUUGAUCAUCUAACUCAGAAGCUGGAGAAUCUUGACAGAAAUAACCCAUGGAACGUUCCGCCCUAAAUAAAAAUUUGGACCACAAUACUCACAACAUGAUCGUCAGUUUUGAAUUUCGUCAAGUAUGGUGGUGAAUAAAUUUUCAUGAAGCUUCCUUAAGUAUAAUUCCAUUUUUUCAUAUUUCUACACUUUUUAUAGAACUUUUUAAAUAGAUAAAAUUUUAUUUUACAACUUUGUGUCAAAUAAUGUAUAUAAAUGUUACCAAGUCGUACAUAUCAAAGGAAAAACAUCCUUGGAAACAACAAUGUGCUAAAAAGGACUGGUUGGUAUUUGUCCUAUGGCAGCAAUACGAAUAAGGUAAUGAAAAAUAGAAAAAAUUCACGAGUUAUAUAAGUUCAAAUUCUGUUCUUGUAUUGAACGUAGUUGCUAAGAAUAAUGUUGUGAUGUUACAUACAUGACUGAUAUUUAAUAUCAAUCUGAAAAGCCAAUAAAUUACAUUUUUUUCCACUGGGAAUGAUACAAGGAAAUCAGUUUGAUGUAAAAAAUAUUAUAAAUUAUGCGUAUAACAAAGUAUAUAAUAUUUACGUAUAAUAAACGAAGCAGUAUACAUUGUUUCACAUGUACAGCUACUAAUUUAAUCAAUAAUUGUUUAAGUGAUUAGUUCUAGACUUUCUAAUUUGGCUGAUGACGGGUCAUGGGUUAUUAGCUAGAUAUUAACAGAAAACGAAUGAAAAUGAGAAAGUAGACGUCCAUGACUAUCACUAACAUUCAACAAUCCAAUACGCAUAUUUGACUUUACUGAACAUACAUAGAGGAAUUUCAAGUAAUGCGAAGAUAUAUUUCACAAUAGGCUGACUCACAUUGAAAUGAACCGUAAAUAGUUAAAAAAGGGAUUUGGGUUCCGAUUCCACUGUAUCACAGCUGGCGGACGCACACAUGCAGGUCUGCAUCUUGAUGAAAUUAAUUAUGCCGUUCGUAGACGAAUCUUCAGUCUGGAUAGCGCCAUUGUGAUACAGCAUUGCAAGGAUUUUCAGUGCUAGCUGUUUACCCAACUCCACACUACACAAUCAAUUAAAUGCUUAAAAGCUGUGAGCUUUAAUAAACGCAAUCAACCCAUUUGUCGAAGAAUCAUGGCUGGUAAUCGUGUUGUUGUUUUUAAGCUCAGGCUCUAUAGCUUUAGCCAACUGCUUUCCCAAUUCCACACUGUAUACAAGACAGAAUUUAAAAAAAAAUGUAUACAUACUCCUUAUCUGAUUUGUUAAAUUUACAACCAUUUUGUAUUGUGUUUGUAAUUUGAUAAGAACUCACUAUCAUCAAAAAGAUAAUGCACAAUAACAAUAUAACAACAAAGUGAAGUCCAAAUAGACUCCUUCCUAGCCGGACCAAAUCACUCUUUUCUUUGAAAUUCAAUAAAUAAGUGCCAAUGCUCUAAAAUUGAUCUAUCUCACAUAUUUGAUAUUUGGCAUUACUUUACUUCCAAUGGAAAAUAGUUCAAUAACAAUUCGAAAACGAUUGUACUCACCCCCACUGAUCGUAUGAAUUAAUGUCCCAAAUGACUCCUUGUACGAAGACUUUAUGUUCGUACAUUGCUGAAAUAUAUCAAUAAGGUUGAGUGAUUAUACAUCUCGGUGGUUAAAACUGAAUUAAUAAUUAUACACUAUUAUUCAACUAACCAAUGAGUGCUCCCAAAGUAAAGGGAGUAACUCCCUUAACCACAAUGCUGUUUGUAGGUCGGUUUCCUUGGAAGACUUUGUGCGGUAGUAUAGCACUCAAUUCCCCUGGACUCAAACCAGCCUUUUGCAGUUCUUCUUUAGCCUCAGACUCGGUCUUGCCCUUCAUUAACGCUUCA